AACAACUUAUUUCCCCUUGUCAGCCGUGUGCGUGCCCACUCUCACGUGCACUAAGAGUUCCCGUUGCUAUUCUCGAAGCCACUUUACGCCCACGAUCCUCAGUUCGCAGCGCUUUGCCCUCAACCCGUCUACGCCGACUGUGUUGCAGUCAGUAGCGAGGCUUCUCAGCUGGUUAGCCAAACAUCCACAGAAGAAGAGAUGAGCAGGAAAACGACACGAAAAGAAAAACGCGAACUCUUUCUCUCUCAAACAUAUAAUAGCGAUCGGAGUGGAGUCUGUUGAGGUGUUGAAACCUGAAACCUCAGCCCACAGGACCAAGCAAUUAUGUGACCGAUUGUUCUUCACCAUCUACGUGACCGUGGACUAGUGACGUGGGCCACCUCUCACUCUGAGACCUAUGGCAAUAAAUCACACACCAACAAUAUUUGGUCACAACUGGACCGGACAUACAUUUUGAGAGAAUUUUGGGGAAUUCCAAUUUGCAGUUUCCAGUUUGUUGGGUUUUUGUUUUUUAAACCCAACACAUUCCUGCUGUCAAAGUCUUCACUGGAGUUAGGUGUAUGGAUGCCGUGUUGACCAGUCUACUGUCAUGUUGGCCUGGUAUGUCUGAGCCUGAAGCUAGAGUAGCUUCUCAGUUUCAUAUAGAAUGUUAGCAUAUGGCUAGAUGUGAAUGUGUCGGUUAAGACCAUUGUCCCCCUCCCAUUGAUAGCUAUCUCUGGCCCCUACAAGGGGGUAUAAACUUGCUGGUAGUGGUACACCCCCCCACCCCCCACCCCAUCAUCUAUUCAUUCAUUCUUUUAUUUACUCAUCCAUCCACACAACCAACGAUCAUCAACUUUUACUCCCUCACUCACUCUUGAAGUAUUAAACACUCUAACUUAAGCUCUACGUUCCUUUGUAUUCAUGUCACAUCCCUUAAUCCCAGCUUAAGUUGCCACAGCCAGCCAUCAUUUAAAUUAAAAUCCUAGUGUAGCAGUUUGGCCAAAGGUUGAUUGUGAAGCCACUUGGCGGUCGUUUUGGUGGUUGCUUUGGUUGCAUGGAAUCGGCUUAACCGUGGAGAGGCCGGGCUACCACAAACUGAUGGACUUUGACAAGCGAGGAGUUGGUGGAGGUGGUGGAGGUGGUGGUGGUGGUGGAGGAGGAGGAGGAGGAGCAGGAGGAGCAGGAGGAGGGGGCAAGGCAGAGACAGAAGAGGCGAAGAGGAUGUCAGGGAAGACGGGGAGUCGAUCAGGACACAGUGGCCGGGGUACUGGCUCCAACUCCGGGGUUCUCAUGGUCGGACCAAACUUCCGGGUAGGGAAGAAGAUCGGAUGCGGGAACUUUGGAGAACUGCGACUCGGAAAGAACCUGUACACCAAUGAAUAUGUGGCUAUCAAACUGGAGCCAAUCAAGUCGCGGGCACCACAGCUCCACCUAGAAUAUCGCUUCUACAAACAGUUGGGAAGUUCAGAGGGUGUCCCCCAGGUGUUUUACUUUGGGCCAUGUGGUAAAUACAAUGCCAUGGUUCUAGAACUACUGGGACCCAGCUUAGAGGACCUGUUUGACCUCUGUGACCGUACUUUCUCUUUGAAGACCGUACUCAUGAUAGCCAUACAACUGAUAACUCGCAUGGAGUUUGUCCACACCAGAAGCCUCAUCUAUCGGGACGUGAAGCCUGAGAACUUCCUGGUGGGCCGACCCGGCUCCAAACGGCAGCACACCAUCCACAUCAUUGACUUUGGCCUGGCAAAAGAAUACAUAGACCCAGAGACCAAAAAACACAUCCCAUACAGAGAACACAAGAGCCUCACUGGUACUGCGAGAUACAUGAGCAUCAACACACAUCUGGGGAAAGAACAAAGCAGACGGGAUGACCUGGAGGCUUUAGGCCACAUGUUCAUGUACUUCCUGCGAGGAAGUCUACCAUGGCAGGGAUUGAAGGCGGACACUCUGAAAGAACGUUAUCAGAAGAUAGGAGACACAAAGAGAGACACGCCGAUAGAGGUCCUCUGUGAGAACUUUCCAGAAGAGAUGGCCACCUACCUGCGAUACGUGCGUCGGCUCGACUUCUUUGAGAAACCGGACUACGACUACCUGAGGAAACUCUUCACCGACCUCUUUGACAGAAACGGAUACAUCUUUGACUACAAGUACGACUGGACUGGAAAGCCACUGCCCACUCCUAUUGGUCCAGUGGCCAGCGAGACUCCCCUGCAGACGAGCAACCGAGAGAAGGUGCCGCAGACCAAAAACCAGUCUCCAGAGGGGAAAGGCGGUGAGUCCCAGCCCACUCCAAUGACCAAUCAAGAGCUACUGGGCUCCCACCUCACUGCCGAUAGGCUGGGCGGGUCUGUCCAGGUUAUGAGCUCAACCAAUGGGGAGCUGAACACAGAUGACCCCACUGCAGGACACUCCAACGCACCAAUCACAGCCAAUGCAGAAGUGGAAGUGGCUGAUGAUACUAAGUGCUGCUGUUUCUUCAAGAGGAGGAAGAGGAAAGCUCUCCAGAGACACAAAUGAAAACACCAGAUGAGAGCAAGAGAGAGAGAGAGAAACCCCCACUCAGUUUUUCCCCCAUUUCUUUCUCCUCUUCUGGUUCUGUUGUCCUCUUCAUGUUACUUUCUUUUCCUUGGUCUCCUCCUCCCUCCUCUGCUGAUGGCGGUCCUGUGGUCCUCCGUGGGACCACACUAGAUGGGGACUCGCUGCAGAGUGCUGUGAAAGCUAAAACCAGAAGCUCUGCCCCCCGCCCUCUCUGCUGUGAGUAUCAGUGCCAUAGAGAGAAAGCCGCCUCCUCCUCCGCAAUUCCUCUCUCUCUCUGUGGAGCAUAACUGCUCAUCUCACCCCUUGCUAUAAAUGACAAGUGUGUGCAAAGUAAACUGAAUAUUUAUUUGAAAACACAAACAGCGUUGAUGCUGUUCAUACAGAGGAUUAUGGGGGGGGCAAAAAGAGAGGGCGGUGAGUGUGUUUCCUGGUCAGAUACAUGACCACGAAAUCGUGGGGUGGACGACGGACGAGUCGGCGCUUCCACAUCCAGUGUGUCCCCAGUGGACGGACUGACUGGAUCGGCCUGCAAGACAGUAACCUGGCUUUCCUGUUCCACCCCGGAGCUUUAAAUGAGGACUCUUCAUGUAUUUAUGGUCACAAACUGAACUGAAACUUGAUAACACACACACACAAACACACUGCUGUGACCACAGACAGACCGAGGAAAGGCUCAGUGAUUGUUCCGACACGAGUGGACUCGGCCCUUCUCCUCACAGACGAGCAACUUUUGUUUUCUUCCUCACUGACUGGUUCAGAGGAGAAAGACGUGUAUUUGUGAAGGAGACAUGGAGGCGAGGACGAGAGGACACAAUGAGCCUGUAAGACCACAAACACACGCGUAGAAAUACACUGCACACGGGCUUGAGCUCAGCAUUAAGAGACUUCAGAGACAACAAAAAAAACGUUGCAGCUCUCGCACAUAGUUAAUAAUAAUAUUUUUUAUUCCCUGGGGGGCGACAGGAAGUACACGGUGAGCAGCUUGGUCUAUUUCCUGUAGCAGACUGAGCUCCAUGUACUCGUCACAGACACAUUUACCCCUCAGAGGAAAACCUCACAACCACCAGAAUCAAAAGUAUAAAAAGAGAUGUUUAUGUAAAAAAAAAAAUUUUUUUUCCCCCCCCUUGUUUUAAUUUGUAACUAAAAAAGAAAAAAAAAGACUGUCUGGAAUUUGAAUCUUGUUUGUUUGUUUUUCUCCUGUCUUUUUGAGUUGUUCUGAACAUUUGUUUUGUAGCUUCUAGUGUGUUCCUCAAAAUGUAAUUUUUUAAAAAACAAAACAAAAUAACUUGUAUUUUUAAUUUUCUGAUGUUUUGUGUUUUGUUUUGUUUUUCCCUCUUUGGGUUUUGAGGAUGGAAAAUCAGAUAAUGCCAUUAAAAAAAAAGAAACAAACAAAAUAAAACCUGAUCUUUAUU